UGCUUGAGCACCGCCUUCUUGCGAUCCAUUGCAAGGUCGCAAAAGACUAACACAAUUAAAACUCUCCUGCGUUCGAUACCAGACCCCGCCAUGGAUGCCGAGGUGAAGCCAGAAGGAUCAAGGUCACAGUCUUCGGCCGGACAAGAGUUCUCGGAGAAUACAGAAGCCCUUACGCAAACCCCAUCCAAGGGAAAGAACAAGAACAAAGACAAAGAGAGCAGCGCCUCGACAAAACGACGAUGUGUGAGCACAGCUUGCAUCGCUUGCCGAAAGCGCAAAUCCAAAUGCGAUGGAAUGCUCCCCAAGUGCGCGGCAUGUGCAUCAGUGUAUUUGACGGAAUGUGAAUAUGCGCCUCAUACCGAUCACCGCCGGAAAGGUGUGUAUAAGAAAGAUGUGGACAGUUCCAAGACGAAGAACUCCACGCUACAAGUGCUCAUACAGGCCAUCCUUAAUGCCGAAGAGGACGAUGUGUUGGACUUGGUUCGCCAGAUACGGACGUGCGACAGCCUCGAAGAACUGGCUGGUAGUAUAGAGGCGGGCGAGAGAUACGGUGACGAUCGUGCGGACUCACCCGUAUACAACGACGACAUGAUGGUUCCACAGUUCGAGGCUGAAUUGUCAGGUAAGAUGGGUGAUUUGAUGUUGGACGGGUCUGUCAAGUUUAUUGGUGGUACAUCGAACUUGAUCUGGCUCCCUCACGACUACGAACACGGAGGCACCGGCAUUUCUCCACCAGAGAAGACCGUUGUCCGACCCAAGGAGGAAGCGAUUCUGUCAUGGACGAAAGUUACACAAAAUAAGGAUGACAUCCUUCAUUUCAUGAACAUGUACUUUUGCUGGCAUUACGCUUUCUUCACAACGCUGGCCAAGGAGUUGUUCUACAGAGACUUCUUGACGGGACAAACCUCGCAGUACUGUUCGCCGCUCUUGGUCAAUGUCAUGCUCGCGCUUGGCUGCCACUUCUCGUCGCGGCCGGCUGCGCGAGCGGACCCGGAUGAUUCUGGAACCACCGGUGACCACUUCUUUGCGGAGGCUAAGCGGCUCUUGUACGACAACGACGAAUUUGCCAAUGCAAAACUUUGUACAGUACAAGCGCUUGCAUUGAUGUCAGUGAGAGAGGCCGGCUGUGGCCAUGAGAGCAAGGGCUGGGUCUACAGUGGCAUGAGUUUCCGAAUGGCUGGCGAUUUGGGGCUGAACGUCGAUGCGCAGCCUAUGAACGAAUCCUCUCGACUGACGGAUGAGGACGUUGACGCAAGGCGGGUCACGUUCUGGGGAUGCUUCCUCUUCGACAAAUGCUGGUCGAAUUAUCUCGGACGACAGCCUCAACUACAAUUACCAAACAUAACGGUGAAAAGGCCCGAUGUGUUUCCUUCCGAGGACAGUGAGAUGUGGUCACCGUACACUGACUCCGGGAUCAUACAAGCACACGCGCAACCAGCUCGGACAAGGGCGGUGGCUUUGCAGUUGUCGAAACUUGCCGAGAUCUCCAGUGAUCUUUUAAUCUCGUUCUAUAAUCCACAACAACUGGACAAACCUCUGUCUAAACAGGCCGAACUCAAGAAGCUGACCGAUCUACACACCAGGCUUGAAGCUUGGAAGCAAGGCUUGCCGACUGAAAUGGAGCCCAAGGAGGGCCAACUCCCUCAGGUGCUUCUCAUGCACAUGUUCUUCCAAUUAUUAUACAUACACCUUUACCGACCUUUCCUGAAAUACACUCGUACGACAUCACCUUUGCCAUCACACGUUUCGCCCCGAAAGUACUGUACACAAGCAGCAGGUGCAGUAUCGAAACUGUUCCGUCUGUACAAGCGAACGCAUGGCUUGCGCCAAAUAUGCAACAUCGCCAUAUACAUCGUCCAUUCAGCAUGUACCAUCCAUCUGUUGAAUUUACCAGACAAGAAUGCCCGACGCGACAUUGUCCACGGCAUCAAGCACCUCGAAGAGAUGGGAGAGUGCUGGACAGCCGCUCGACGGACCUUGCGAGUCCUCCGCAUCUGUGCCGACCGGUGGAAUAUCGAUAUACCAGAGGAGGCGGAGAUGGUUUAUACCCGUAUCAAAGUCAAGUGGGGAGUCACCGCAGAAGCGGGCUCACCUGUGUCACCUCUGACCAUGGGUCAUAUGGCCAAGCACAUCCAGGCUCAACCUGUUCCGGAUCUGAUGGCUCGAAAUAUCCAACAGCAACAACGACAUGGGAUGAUGAUGAUCCCGCAAACCCAAGGAGGUAUGUCGGUACCCAUGGCGCCCUCACCGCCCGAAACCAUUGACACCCGUCGCUCGUCAGGUAAUUUGUCGAUGCCGCCUCAGUCGGCCGCCGAUCUCAGUCGUGAUGCGCACCGCGUCCGGUCCUCGACGUACUUGACCAAAGCACAGCACGACGCGUGGAACGCUCAUCAAGCGCGACUGGCCACAACUUCGACCGCGGCAUCCGGCACCCAGAUGUCGUCAGCCAAUGCCGCCAAACUUUUUGGAGGUGUCGACAGUUUGAUCGAAGAUACGCAAGACUGGUUCUUCAAGGACCAGAACCAAUUGGCCAUGGGCUUUGGUAAUUGGGUCGAGCCACAACAGGACUGGGGAACGCUGGACUUGUCUUUCUUUGGUACUGAUGGGUCGGGCACCGUCAAUAAUGGCAGCUAUGUCAACACGAAUGACAGUUCACCUGCAUAUAAUGGGGGGAGUAUGCAGCAGUAUACCUCUUAUGAUACCAGUCCGCCAUACGUGUACGGCGGACAGGUCGGUACCAGCAUGGCCAACGGUAACGGCAAUGGCAACAUUGGAAGCAACAGCACCUUUACCAACGGUAAUGGUGCCGGUGUAAAACCGAACCGUCGUGGAAUGGGUGGUAUGGGAAUGAAUCCCGGCCUGGAUUUGAAGCGGCGACAGAGUCAGCAGGCUCAGAAUGGCGCAUUUGAUGAUGACAUGUACUAUUAAUGAUACGCGUGGGAAAGUGAGGGAUGAGAAUUAGAUACGGACAGGGAAAUGAGGAUUGGAAAUAGCACGGAGUCGAUGGUUUGGAUGGAUAUAAUGAAAGAUCGAAAUACCAUCAUCGAGUCAGUUAGAUGGGUUCAGUCAUCCGUACAAUACGUUCUUCAUAUGGCUUCCGAGAGUUGUGUAGAGCAUUGCCGCGGAGGCUGAGUUGACGUGCUCGAACACUUUCCCCGGGUUUAUCAC